GCUUAUUCAGUUCAUUUAGAGACAAACGGUUUAAAGGGCGCGAAAUUUUGUUGUCAUUUUCUGAAAAUAGGAGAAAGAAGUAGUUAGCUAGAUACUUUUGAAUUUUGGUUGUAUUUGAUUAUAUAAAGUAUGGUUCGCACAAAAGCUGAUGGAAUAAAAGCUGCUGGUUCUAAAGCACCACGGAAACAGUUCAACUCAAGUUCAUCUGCUGCUGGAAGUUCAUCCUAUAGCGAUUCACCAUUGAGGAAUAAUUCUUUUCCUUUAGUUAACCAUGCAAAGAUGUGGCCAACACCAAAGUGGCAAAAAAAUAUAAAUUCAUUUUUUACAAAAACAGGAAAGUCAACAAACAAUGAAGGUACAACUUCAAACUCUUCGUCAGGAUCAAGUAGUCCAACAAACAAUGAGAGAAUAGAAACUGGUGAUGUUAUUGUGAAAAAUAAAAUAUGUGACAAUGUUGAGGAGUUCCCUGCUCAGAGUUCCACGCAAGAAGUUGUCAACAACAACAAUAUAUUGUCAGAAGACGAACCAGGACCAUCAAAGCAGAAAAGAAGUGGCAAAUCAAGAACGAAAGGUCCUGUCAGUAACCGCAAAAGAAGAGUUGUUAUAGCUGAUGACAGUGAUAGUGAUUAAUGUAUUGAUACAAAGAAUUCCAAAACUUUAAUAAAGCUUCAUAUUGAAAGUAUAAUAUCCGGUAGUUAUUUUCUGUUAUAUAUACAAUAUAUUACAGAAAAUGUUUUGCUAAAAUAUUUAGAAUUUUAGUAAUAAAAAGUCAAUCUUUUACUUUAUGUAUCUUUUUCUCUUACAGAAGUU